ACGGCGAGUAGCGUUGUAUGCGUGCGCGCGCGCGUACGUGCGACGAUACGUGUUCAUCCACACUCCGUUUGUACAUACACAGACAGUUCGCUGAGGUGGUGCACGGGAUCGUCGAAAACGUGCGAUCCGAUAAAAUUUUCCGUGCGAAGACGCAAGUGUCAGCGAUUUCUCCACCUGGGAAACGCAGUGAACGUUCGGGCUGUACGAGAAGGCGCCCGGCACGAAAAUGAGGGAGGCCGGGAUCAUGCUGAUCAGCACCGCGCUAACUUGCGUCGUUAUCGGCAAUGCGUACUAUCAGAGAAAACAGUUCUAUCCGACUGUCGUUCACAUAACUAAAUCCAAUCCGAGCAUGACAGUGAUCUACACGCAAGGAUUCAUUCUUGCAUUCAUGAUAAACGCCUUCCUGCGAAAAAUCUUUUUCGGCACCCUGCGUGCUGCCGAGCUUGAGCAUCUGGUGGAAAAAGUCUGGUAUGCCGUGACGGAGACUUGCUUAGCGUUUACAGUGUUCAGGGACGACUUCAGUCCUAAAUUCAUAGCGUUAUUUACUCUCCUCUUGUUCCUAAAGUCGUUUCACUGGCUUGCAGAGGACCGCGUCGAUUAUGUGAGUUUUAUCCAUGUGAUGGAAAGAAGCCCAGUAAUAACAUGGUUGUUCCAUCUCAGAGUCGCUACUUUACUGAGUCUUUUGUUUGCUAUCAAUCUCACCAUGAUCAAUUAUGCCUAUAAUACGACAGCCACUAAAGGCCCCUCUGUACAACUUGUGUUUGGCUUUGAGUACGCGAUUUUGCUGACUGUUGUCUUUAAUAUCACUGUAAAAUAUAUCUUGCAUACUAUUGAUCUGCAAAGUGAAACUCCAUGGGAUAACAAACCAGUGUUCCUGUUGUAUACAGAACUGAUUAUUGGCGUAUUAAAGGUUUUCCUUUAUGUUGCCUUUGUGACCUUAAUGAUAAAGUUGUUUACAUUGCCCUUAUUUGCACUGCGUCCUAUGUAUUAUACAAUGCGAGACUUCAAGAAAGCAUUUCAUGAUAUUGUAAUGUCUCGACGAGCUAUCAGGAAUAUGAACACUCUGUAUCCAGAUGCAACAGCUGAGGAAUUGGCUGCUGCUGAUAAUGUUUGCAUUAUAUGUCGAGAGGAGAUGGUUACAGCCAGUAAAAAAUUGCCAUGUAAUCACAUCUUUCAUACCGCAUGUUUACGUUCCUGGUUUCAACGUCAACAGACAUGCCCAACGUGUCGGUUAAAUAUUUUGAGGCCUACGCCAAACAAUGCACCACCUAGACUGCAAAAUCCUCCUCAGCCUGUACCGCAGAUACCUCCGCAACCUCCACAAGUACCUGGUGUCAACCCUAUUGGACCACCCUUUCAUUUCCCAGUAUUUUGGGCUGGAUUACCCGCUCCAGGUAUGCCGCCACAACAACAACAGCAACAGCAGCAGCAACAACAGCAACAGCAGCAACAACCGCAACAACAGCAACAGCAUCAACCUCAAAAUAAUGCUGGAAGUACUACCCCGCCUCAAAAUCCGGUACCCCCUACCGGAAAUAUUCCGCUUUUCCCACCGCUAUUUCCUGUAGUACCAUUGCCACCUAUUCCCGUACCGCCACCGAAUUUAAUUGAAUUGAGCGAAGAAGAACUCAGAGCGAUGGAAGGUAAUUUGCGGCAAGCUGUUGAAGCCAGGAUACAAACGUUGCAAAGGAUUCAGCUUUUGUUAGAUGCAGCCAAUGCGAUGAUGAAUCAAUAUCAAACAGCAGCUGCUACCGCUAACAUUCCUGUGAACAAUAAUUCUGCAAGCAAUAUCGACAGUACAUCAGAUAUGUCCACAAUGGCAAAACCAGGGCCAAGCGGUACAACAAACACGAAUGCUGGAGUUGGUAACGAUAGUUCUCAAGUCAAAGUAGAGAACGCUCCUACUCCGACUACUCCGUCGAAGGAAAAUACUUCUGCUCCGAGUAUAUCGAAAGAGGAUGCGUCAACAAGUAAUGAUACUGUAGAUUUAUCUAGGACUGAAUCUUCGAGCGAACAGGAAAUGCUGCGCAGACGUAGGUUACAAAAAUUUUCACCACCAACAGAAUAAACAAAACUUGUGUGAUAACUUAUGUAACAUAAUAGUUUUUAAACUUGGUUUAUUAUCGGCCUCAAUUAAUGUGAGCGGUUAAUAAUUGAGGACUGUAAAAGCUAAAGUUUGGAUUUUCUAAUCGAUACGAGAGACAGCCUUGUUGAAUGAGAUUUCAUUCAAUCAGUGAUUAAUUAAUAGGUUUUAAGAGCACAGAUAGAACUAUUUGUAAAGAGAUCUCUAGCGAUUAUCAAAUCCAGAAUUUUAAUAACCGAGACUGAAAGCUUGAGACUCAAAUUACAAAAACUGAGGGUAUAUUACCAACAAAUCAUAAUCAUAUGAAAAAUGAUUUUAUAGUAAUGAUUUUUUUCUUUCUUUUUGUAAAUUAUCAGAAUACGGAGUGCAAGAAAUUAAUUCCAUUGACGUAAUAAUUUCCAGAUUUACAAACAUGUUUACUUGUAUAUAAUUACAAAUUUUCUUGCUUCUCUACGUAAUCUUUACAGCCGUGCGAGAGUACGACAAAAGCCGACGAAAACUGACGAGCCGUGCAAUUUCUUGUGAAACUAUGUGAAACUUUAAAAAUUAAUUUGAUAUUCUUUGCAUAAAAAUGUAUUGAGUACCUUUAUCCCUAAGCUUUAAUAUAUGAAAAUUUCUUAUGUACAUUUAUAAUUAUAUUAUCAUGUAAAUAUGCUACAUGUGUGUGUUUGUCUCAUUCUUUUGUAAAACAAGACAACAUACCAACAUUGAUUUACCUUGAACAAGUACAAGAAUUUCUGAUAA